UUUAAGGACGUAACCACUUGUUUGAUGUUUGUAUUCAAAUAAAAAUUAAUGUUUUGGCGUUAAAAAAUCGUACGAAAAGGCGCUAAUAAGUUGAAAUAUUGAAAUGACGAGCACCACAUUUAAAGUUGUGUGCGUUACAAGCGUUAUAUUGCUGUUUUUUGUGGUUAAAGAAUCCAACUCUAUAAAAUGCUGGGACUGCAGAUCAGAUAUUGACCCAAAGUGUUCAGAUCCGUUUGAAAAUAAGUCGUUUGCCAUUACGGAUUGCAAUACUUUGGGUAACUUAGAUACUUACCCUAAUGUAAGACCAACGUUGUGCAGAAAAAUAAGGCAAAAAGUGCAUGGGGUUUGGAAAUAUGUCAGAAGUUGUGCUUAUUUGGGAGAGCCAGGAAUACAAGGCGAUGAAAGGUUUUGUUUAAUGAGAACAGGGACAUACAACAUCUUUAUGGAAUAUUGUACGUGUAAUACUAAAGAUGGGUGCAAUACAUCAUCACAAAUGUUUGUUUCACACAAAUUAUUAAUUUCCAGCAUAUUUGUUGUUUUAUUUUUGUACAAAAAAUUAAGCUAGGUGGUUUACAAAAUUACAAAUAUUAAUAAUGGAUCUGACACCUUACAUAGCAAUUCUUAAUUUUAGACUGAUUUUUACAAUAAUUCCGUCCACUUUUAAGGCCUUAUUAGAUUAUAAGAGCACAAUUUUGUUGUAAAUACUCUCUACAUUAAAUUAUUAAUAUUUUUUUAAAAAGCUUUUUUAUAUUUGUGCAUUUUUUUAAAUAAAAUUUAUAAAAAAACAGUAUUACCAAUGAGACUUGUGUUUUUCCACCACCUUCUCAAUAAAUUGCAAAUGGCUUGCAUAUAAAUCCAAAUUUUUGUCAAUAUCAAUCCAAGUUACAUUCUUAGCAUCAUCACCUGCUUUUAGAUUAAAUUUGUCCAAAAUUUCGCCUGUAUUGUCAUGAAAAUUGACAGCCACAGUCUCCAUCCAGGCAUUAUCAGUAUUUCUGGGGUCAUCCACAUAACCUUUGUAUAUUUCUACACCAUUUUUGAAGAAAUUUUCCACAAUUUCACUGUCAACUUUUCUUUGCUCUUAAAAUAAUAAACAUGUAUACUUAAACUAAAUAAGUAAGUAAAUACCUUCUGUUGCCUCCAAAGAGUUCAUUGCUUCCUCCAAAAAUUCCCUCUUUAAAGUCUCACUUACUUUCUCACCAGGGUCCACCAUACCCCCCGGCAAGGCCCAUUGACCAUUAUCUCUCCUUUGUACACCACAAAAUUGCAAAAUAGGCCUAAAAAAUCUCAAAUUUAUUAUAAAAAUUCCAUGAUAACCUUACUUUACAUACAAAUUUGUCAUCUCAUUUAAAACUUUGUCUCCCCCCAUUAACUUCCAUCUAGUUACAAUGGGGUCUGCUGCGUGAUUGGGGCCCCAUCUACCCAAGCGCCCUCUACCUUUUAUACCAGUUCUACCCAUGGGAUUUAAAGGUGUUUUGUUUUUUACGUUAUAGACUCCAUUGUGGCUUUUUCUGUUGAUUUUUCCGUCUAUUUCAUUAUAUUUUGGGUUGAAAUUUACAUCAUCUA